UGACCAACAGUAAAGGAACACUAGUUAUUGGCUACAAUUCAUCGGAACAUACACUGGCAACAGAAUUAAUUGGCAGCAAUGUAGAUAUUCUAACAGAGAUCCUUACCCGUGUGCCGGCAAAGUUCGUCAUCAGAUUCAAGUGCGUGUCUAAGGAUUGGUUCUCCCUAAUCUCCAAUUCACCAUUUUCUCGCAACCACGCUAACCAACAUCCCAGUGCCUUGUUCUCAGGACUGUUCAUCAACCCUGUUACAUCAUUUGACGAUGAAAAAGUCAAGUCUGUCUCACUUCACGGCCAACACCAAAGUCUUCCGACUUCGUCAUUUCUUGAUGGUGUUGGAUAUGGGUCUGGUACAUUUAGGAUUGAUGACUCUUACAAAGGCUUACUAUUUUGCUUGAAUGGCCCAACGUGUUUCAUUGUUUGUAACCCGACCACCCAGAAAUACACAGUACUUCCCUAUCAUGGUGGCACUAUGACAUCUUCUGUACCAUUUCGUAACAAGUUUGGUGUUUUCUUGAGUUCUAUGUUUGGUGGUUAUUUGGCUUUUGAUCCUUCAAAAUCACCUCACUACAAAGUUGUAUUGGUAAGUUACAUUAGGAAUAGUGAUGGCUGCUUUUAUUUAAUUGACAUAUGCGCUUCGGAGAGCACUUCUUGGACACACAUGCGCGCUGCUGCACCACCAGUUUACCCUUUCGCAAAAAAGUUAUUUUGGAAUGGUUCAAUUCAUUGGAUGAGUUACGAUAAUGUUUACAUCCGAUUUGAUGUUGAUGCUGAGAAGCUAAUAGGAACUCCAAUGCCUUCAAACCCUAAAAUUCUCUCCGAAGAGAGAAUUUGGUAUUUUGGAGAAUGCUGUGGCCAUUUACUUCUUGUUCAGUGCUGCGAGAUGGGAUUCAGAAUUCUUGAGAUGUAGAGGAAGUACUGUUGUUGGAUUGAGAAGUGCCAGGUCAAUCUUAGACCCAUAAUAUCUCUUUUUCCUGAGAUAGAGAGAAGCAGACACGUGUGACCCGCCCAUCGUUAGGAAAAUGAUGUGUUGUGAAGGGAGCAAAUGAAAAAGAUUUUACGUUGGUGUUAUCUGUUCCUGGCAAAAUUGUUUCCUAUAAUCUGAAGUGCAAGGCAGUGAAGGUGCUCUGCGAACGGGCUUUUAUGAAUGUCCUGGUUACAAGCACAUUUCUUGUGCAUAUGCUUUUAAGUAUGUUUAUGAAUUCUAUGAAAGCCUGUUCAUUGUUUGAGCAUGUCCUACAUCUUGGAACAGAUCAGAUGUGCCUUUUUUAAGCUUGUUCUUGACCUAAAGCUUUCGCAAUACUCAAUUUUUAUUUUUAUUUAUUUAUUUUUUUUUAAGAAUUCUGUAAUGUUUAAGCUAUGCUCUUCAUGUACUUCUUCCUUGUGAAAGUUAGUGAUGCCCUCUCAUUUGGGGAUU